AGGUACAGCAGAGACGUUAUCAGAUUAGGGGAAGGCAAACAAACCAAAGUGAAAUCAUUCUUCAGCGCCCAGCCUCUUCUUCCUGUGAUGUCAUGCUACAAAUUGCCUGAGCGCUCUGCUCUCCUCUCCAGAAGGAGCUGGGCUGCAGCAGGGCUGCCGAGGGCUGUGGGCUGCAGGAACAAACACGCUCUGGAAUUCGGUUUCUGCCCUGGCAAGCAGCUCCCUUCUGCUUCUGCUUCCAGCCCCAUGGGGCCAGCCAGCAAGCUGAAAAACUUGUUGUACAGAAAGAAGGCUGAGGGAGAAAUGCAAGUGCCCACAUUGUGGCGUCCAGGAAAUCGUUUCGCAAGGCACAUACUCCCAGUACGUUCGGAUGGACAAGGCUUUGCCGUCACGAUCUGCAGCCAGGAGUAAGGCAGAAAGCCCUACAAUGGCUUCAUUGAAUCGAGGUGGGAAAUGGAACUAAGCAAGCUUUGAGGUGAUCUCAUCUGCCACAGAUGAUGCCUUUUCUGAGUUUUGCCGACUGGCUAUGUGAUUACAAAUAGCACUUGGAAGAAAAGAGUGACCUUCUGGUGAUUUCUGCUGGAGAUGUACUCCCCUGCCACAGAGCUCGCCUUUCUUCCCUGAAGCUUCACAGCACAACAAAUUUGCCAAAACACACUGUUCAAAAUACAUCUGAUCUGCGAGUUCUUCUGGAAUUUCAAAAAAGUUACAAUAAAAAUACCAGAGAAACCUCCAAAUCACAGGAAUUUUAAACGUACCAUUAUAAUGGUAAGCUCUAAUUGUUCCACUGAGGACUCCUUUAAAUAUACUUUGUAUGGGUGUAUCUUUAGCAUGGUGUUUGUUCUCGGCCUCAUAGCAAACUGUGUGGCUAUCUACAUUUUCACUUGUACCUUAAAAGUGCGAAAUGAAACAACAACUUACAUGCUUAAUUUAGCCAUAUCGGAUCUGCUUUUCGUGUUUACAUUACCCUUCAGGAUUUAUUACUUUGUAACCAGAAACUGGCCAUUUGGAGACAUUCUUUGCAAGAUUUCUGUCACCCUCUUUUAUACAAAUAUGUAUGGGAGCAUUUUAUUUCUGACGUGCAUAAGCGUAGAUCGCUUUUUAGCUAUCGUACACCCCUUCCGAUCUAAGACUCUUCGAACCAAGAGGAAUGCAAAAAUUGUCUGUGUCGCAGUGUGGAUAAUUGUGUUAGCAGGCAGCACACCAGCAAGCUUUUUCCAGUCUACAAACUCCCAUAACAAUACUGCACAAAGGACAUGCUUUGAAAACUUUUCAGAGGACACGUGGAAAACCUACCUAUCUCGGAUUGUUAUCUUCAUUGAAACAGUUGGGUUUUUUAUUCCACUCAUCUUGAAUGUUACCUGCUCCACUAUGGUCCUACGGACUUUGAAUAAGCCGCUUACAUUAAGCCGGAAUAAAUUAAGCAAGAAAAAGGUACUCAAAAUGAUUGUUGUCCAUUUGGUGAUAUUCUGCUUCUGCUUUGUGCCUUAUAACAUUACCUUAAUACUUUACUCCCUUAUGAGAACACAGACCUGGAUUAAUUGCUCAGUGGUAACUGCAGUCAGGACUAUGUACCCCAUCACUCUGUGCAUCGCCGUUUCAAACUGCUGUUUUGACCCUAUAGUCUACUACUUCACAUCAGACAAUCCAAAAUUCGAUAAAAAAGAACCGGUCCACAAGAACACGUGACGUCAGAUUCUCUGAAAGGCCAGUUUCAGAAAACUUCAUUCAACACAGCCUUCAGACCAUAAAAAUGAAAAUAUUUGACAGUGAUUCUACAAUAUAAACUAUACUAAAAGACUACUGGGACUAAACUGGAAUUAGAAGCCUGCACAUUUCUUCAGCUGUGGACAUAUGUUCCGAUAUGUAAAUGUUACGCUUCCUUUACAUCUGAAAAGUUUAUUACAAGGCUGUAAAAGUGUUAAGCAUAAUAGCACACGGGAAAAGUAUUUUAAGAAUUUACGUCAAAGGUCUGUUCUGACAGAUUGUAUGUUAGGAAUGAACUUUUAGGUUUGGAUUAGGUUAACCAAAGUCCAAAGACUGUUUGUUAAGUCAAACACAAAUAAAAAAUAGGUUGGUUUUCUUUCCUGAAGUUAAAACAAUUGCUCAUUUUUAAUAAUGCUAUCAGUUUCCAAGUUACUGAGGAUGGGGGUGAAGCUGCCUAUUUUACGCUACAGGAUCCAGUUACUCAGGAAAAUUGCCCCAUAUUGUCAUAUCACUUCAUAAGCUACUGUGCCUGCUCCAAGGUUUCCUCUUUUCUCUCUCUCUCCCUCUUACUCCUUCCCCUCCUUCUUUUUCCCUCCACCUUCCUUCUUAGGGAACACUGCGUUCAUAGGAGGCUUCGAUCCAUGGGUUAUAAGAACUUUGUUUCUCCUAGGUUUAUCUUAUUAAAAUGUAUGCUAUCUCCACAAGUCUGGUCCCCAUGAAGUAAUUAAGUCUUCUGGUAGUUUAGAGCAUUCAGAAAUUACUUAGACAGACUGGUUUUUCUUCUCACCUCUGUCUCAGAUGCCUAUGUAAUUAAAACAAAGUAAUUUCUGAUGACUGAAGUUAGUGCUUCAGGUACAGUAACACUGUAUUAAACUCUUUUGUGACAAGUUCUCCAACUCAACAUGACUUUUGAGGAAAAUAACAUCCUCCAAAUAAGUUAAUUCAAUCCAAAGUAGUAGUUUCUUAGAAAAACAUGACUUUUGCCAACUAGAAAUGAACAUGUGCAUCAACUCAAAUAUUUCUUCCAGAAAACUAUUCAGUGUCCCCUAAAGAAAUUCAAGACACUGGGAUUUUGAGUGCAACUUCCUCUCAAUUUUCAUGUCCUAGAAAUAAUUUUAACAUAAGCAUUUAAAAUUUCAAAUGCUAUUUUCUUUCAAACUUCAAAAAGUAAUAAAAAUCAGUACUUGGGGCUACGUGCUGGCAAAAUUAACCAAGACAUUUUGAGAGGUCAAUGCUAUGUAAAAGGAGGAAUCUACAUAUAUUAAUGUUAGAAACAAGAAUACAUAGACAAAAGUGCUUUAAAACAUCCUGCUUUAUACGUUUCCCAGCUCUAGAACACGGUGUACAUUUUCCUCAAAAUUAAUUUAACAUCACUGUAAAAUAAAAAAAAAUUAAAAGGUAAAA